CGCAUCGGUUCGUCCAACCUCUUCUCCUUCUUCCUGUCCGCAUCGCCAAGUCUGAAUUUCCCAGCCUAAUCUCUUCUUCGUCUUCUACUACGCUCCUUCUUCGAAACCAUUCUCUCACUCUGGCGAACUACUACCAUGCCUAUUCCGCAUCCUUGCUCAAGCUCCGGCUCCGGCUCACCCUACGCCGUCAUGGUCAUCUACGACAUCAACCAUCGAAGCUACAGGGUUCGUUCCGAGUGGCACACCGUCUGCGAAGAUGACUCGAAGGGCUUCGAAUCGCGUAUGGUCCGCGAAGAUCUUGAGAAAUUCUUGAUACCGCCUCCAUCUACGACGAUCCUGACUGGAAGACGCGGAGAGGUCGUAUGUGUCUGGCGGCUUGGGAAGGAUGGUGUUGAGAAGGCGCAAGUCGUCGAGGAGGCACGGUCCGGGAUCCAAUGUCUUCGAGUUGAUCCAUCGCUUGUUCAUCAACGUUACGCGAUCCAAGAGAUUGUCGAAGUAUACGCCGACAACGGCGCGCCCGAUGUUCCAAUGAUAGCGAAGGAAGAACAUGAAGAUGCGCAGGAGGCUUUGCCGCUUCGCAAGCGGUCGCCCUACGGGCCCAUAGACGACAACGGCGAGGAGCCUAUCCAUCCCAAGCGGCGCUGCAGUACUAGUCCACUCGAUGCAAGUUUUGACGACUCGGGGACUCUGACUGUCUCCUCGACUGGAUCUGACGUCGAUGGGGUUGCAAGCAGCUCUCCCCUUGACAACGACACCACCAAAGACCCUUUGUCUGCCGCGCAAGAAGGACAGCUAGUCGACUCUAUCCCUCUUCUCGAAGACAAACCCUCUGUAAUCGCCGCCCGUGGACCUCUCCGUCUUGUCUCGCAUGACUAUACCGAGGACCUACAAAGCAACUCCGUUCAUAGCUUCUCUGAUUCCUCUAGCGGCUUCUUGACUGCGUGGUCUUCUGACAGUCUUAUGCUCUCCGCCUCGACCGCUGGUUCUCCUCUCAAAUCCGUGCCCGCUCCUUUUCCCAACUCCGGGUCGAACGUCUCGUCGGCUGGCUUUGAACAGCCAGAAUCUCCUGCGUCUCUGGCAUUCCCAAUCUCUAGUGCCUCUCAGUCUGCCGACAAUCUAGAUGACUAUCUGCAGCGCGGUCUGGCCUCGGAAUUCGCUUGGAGCGACUCCGUGGAAUUCGUCGAGCACCUCGAGCGCCUACCGGACCCCACCGCGAGACUCGUGUACAGUUGCAACAGAGCCUGGUCCCACUACACCGACAUUGUGUUUGAGAUGGACGACGUCAAGGCAGCGAAGUUUGAGCUCGAGCUGAAGGUCACAGCGCUGAAGGCGGAGGUGGCCGUGCGGAAAGAGCAGGCGGAGCGCUUUAACCAGGAACUCCUCGAGCAUACCGAGAUGAUCGCGGACCUCCGGGCUACUCUGGCGGACAUGACGGUGGUGCAUACAGAUCUGCAAGUGCGGUACAAUCGUUUGGUCGGAGGAAGCAAGGUGGAUGCAUCAUCUUCUCUCGAUGUGUAGGCGGCCUAUGGGGAAGGAUUGUGUUCUGUCUCUGGAUCAAUGUGGCGAUUAUCAAGGAUGUCCACGGGCUUCAUGUAUUAGCACAGUUCGAUUUGUAUCAUUACAUUGUUCAUUACCCUUUUCAUGAAGCACGGACUUUGAGCAUUGUCACGGAGGAGCGAGACAAAUGCUCAGAGGCUCUGUUCUCCCUUCCCGUCGACGUACACUUAGUAUGCGCCUACAGUGCGCGGCAACUUGGUCAGCUACUUGCUCGAGUGUUGGCAGUAGAUCUACACGCUGGCGGAGCGCAUUAUAAUAUACGGU